AUGCCAAGAUCCAUUUCAACCCUGUCAUUCAACUUACAACAAGCUCCGACUAUAUUUGCAUCAUUAGACAGUCCACCAAUCCCUAAUCGAUCAGUAACAUCAUUUUGGAUCAAUGAUAAGGAAAAUUUGGGCUCAUCUUCAUCCAAUCUGCCCACAAAUUCAAUUCUUAUUGCCAGUUCUGAGAGAAAAAAAGCAGCCGCUUAUAAAUCUUGUGAGACCAAACUCAAGAGAAUGAUGGCCGAAGAUGAAAAUUAUUCAUUCAUUUUGAAUCCAUGUUGCGAUAAAAUUGAUUGCAAAUUUGUCAAGAAUGCCAUUUUGAAGGAUUCCAAAACUAGAAACCUGAGUAGGGAUGGUUUUGUUGCUUCAAUAAUUUCUAUUGAUUCAGAAGACGAAGGUGCAUUAUCUUAUAAGGCUAACGAUAGUUUAGUUGCUGCCCCAUUACGAACAAGUUCUGUUGGGAAAGCGAUUCAAGUCCAACCACUGGAGAUUAACGACGAUACGCAUCUGAUAUACAAAGACUUAUUUGAUGAGCUUAAUGCUUGCAUCAACCUGAUCCAUUUGCAGUCACAGUUUGAUGAAAAGCUCUCCAAGUUGAAGGAUAUCAUUAGGGGCAGAAAGAAUCGCAGAAUCAAGACCUAA